UAAAAAGGUCUCUCCAACUCACCAAGCUCUUCACUGUCAGUAAUAGAAAGUCUACGACUGUACUAGUGACAGUCGUAGGAGCCUUAAAGCUGCUAUCACAGUGAGUUUGAGAGAGCAUUAACAUCAAGUCAUCAACCCACCCAACUCCACCACCAUCGCCACAACAACCAUGAUGCGGUGGUCGCCACCGAUCAGAAGUGAGGGUGGCCUCGGACUAGCAGCAUUUUCAUACAUAGCCAUAGACUACCUCAGAGAGAUCUCCCCCACAUGGCACUCUCGUCUUCAACCAGCUCUCUGGUCAAUUCUCUCUCUCAUCGCCCUCUCUCGUAUCUUCACUUACAAGCACUGGUCUUCCGAGUUUCGCGCCGCUCUUCCUUUUCUCGGUUCCAUCAUUUUCCUUCUAUGUGCUCUCCUCUAUGAAGCUCUUUCUGUUCGCUCCGUCACCGCCGUCCUCGGCCUCGAUUGGCAUAGAAAUACACCUCCGCUUCCUGACACUGGCCAGUGGUUACUCUUGGCUCUGAAUGAGAAGCUGCCCCAGACUGUGGUUGAUAUUUUGAGAGCACACAUAGUUGGGUUGCAUCACUUCUUGAUGCUUUUUAUUAUGCUUGCUUUCUCUGUGCUGUUCGGCUCUGUAAAAGCUCCUGGCUUUGGGCUUGGAACGAGGUACUUGUUCACAAUGGCAAUUGGCCGUCUUUUACGGGCUAUAAGUUUUGCAUCAACGAUUCUUCCAUCAGCUCGGCCUUGGUGCGCUUCAGCUCGCUUUCAAGUUCCAGGCCAUCCUCAUCGUUGGGCACAGAAAUUUUAUGUCCCUUAUGCUUCUGACGCAAAUGCUAUUCGUCAGUUAUUAAAUAAGGAUUUUGCUUAUGCUGAUUCUGGUAAAUUACUUGGUGACUACCGGCCUGACUGGGGUUCAAUGAGCUUUCUCAUAGAUUUUCUGCGGCCAACUCCAGGUGAGGGAUCAUCAUGGUUUCAUCUGCUGAAGAAAGCUGGAGGUGGUUGCAACGACCUACUCUACAGUGGCCACAUGCUUGUUGCUGUGCUCACAGCCAUGGCUUGGACGGAAGCUUAUGGAGGUUUUAGUUCAGCCCUUGUGUGGGUGUUAGUCCUGCACAGUGCUCAGAGAGAAAUCAGGGAACGACAUCACUACAGUGUAGACUGUAUCGUAGCUAUAUACGUGGGUUACCUGUUGUGGAAGAUGACAGGUUUUAUAUGGUCAGCUCAAGAUGUAUCUAGAAAGAAAAGGCUUAAUAAGCUAGAAAAGAUACAAGGUAAGCUAAUCCAAGCUGCUAAAGAUUCCGACAUAGAAGAGGUACAAAAACUUUUGAAUCAAGUUGAGUUAGGAAGUCAGGAAAACCAGGGAGGAGGAGGAGGAGGAGUAAGCAACAAGGUUAUGUGGUUAUUCCCUUUGGUCACUACUUUCUCUACCUUCAUAAUCAUUAUUCUCGCCUUCACGCAUACUAGUGAUGGCUAAUUUGUUUCUGCAACUUCGUAUCCUUUUCUCCAUUUUUUCCCCCUCUACCAAGUAGUCAAGUACCAAUGUAACAAAUUGCUAAAAAUUUGCUUUCCUUUCUGAUAUAUGUGAGACUUGGGUGCAGAUUAGAGGUAGCGUAUUGUACACAAUCAGCUCAUAGCUUUCUUUUUUUACUGAGGGAACCUUUCCUUUUUGUGGCUACAUUUCAUCUGUUCCAGUUGUUGUAAAAGCUGUGUACCAAAACUGUUUGUAUUCUUAGAAGAAGAAACAUUUGCUUAA